AUGGCGAAUACUUAUUCAUUCUUUUUUAUUAUAACGUUUUUUUUUCACUUGUUCGGUUCAACUUUAGGAAACACUGAAAUCAUUAAUUUUAAAGCAACUCACUCGAACAACAGGAGUAAAAGCUGUCAACUAAAAGUACAAGAGGCUUUGUCGCAAACAUUAUUAUUGCAGCCAUAUCCUAUUGAUUCCGAAAAGGGCAUUUCCGAAUCCGCAACCAUAGUUGCGUUGCAAGCCUGCGGCUUAAAAGAAAACGCCUGGUAUCAGUUGAGAGCCUCUUGGCCAGCUGUUUACCCUUCUGAUAUCGACCUUGCCUGGAAUGAUACCCAUUGUCUUCUGCACCUGUACGCGUCAUUCUAUUCCGCAAAUACUUCUCUCAUGAAAAACCCACGUCCAGUUCCUGUUCAAAUUGAUCUGGAUCCACUGAUUUUGGGUUUCUUACCCAGCAGUGUUAUACCCACUGUCAUUGUGAUUACAGCAUUAGUAGUUUCUAGCAUCCCUUUUGCUUUUUUUAUUCUAAAAAAACAAAAACAGGACUGA